ACCUCCUCCUCCUCCUCCUUCUCUUCCUCUUCAUCACCAUCCUAUAUCUCUUCAUCAUGGAGAUCCUCGCUCGCAACUCCCGCGUCUUCUGCCCCUUCCUCGGCAAGACCUCCCCCGCCACCCUCAAGGCCCUCUCCGCCUCUUCCGGCCUCAAGAGCGCUGCAAAGGAAUGCCCCGUCAUGGGUCCCGCCAUGGCCGCCCGCCAGUACUCCUCCUCCACCCCUCCCCGUGCCUUCCACGAGUCUGCCCCGACUAAGGCCAACGAGACCUCUCUCGAGUCUGUUCAUGCUAAAGUUGGCGUCUUUGACACCUCAAAGGGCAUCUGCGAGCACGGCCUCGCCGCCAUGAAGGUCGCCGCCCAGGCUACCUCCCCCGAACCCGUCGUCUCCGAGGCCUGCGAGAAAUCGGACAAGUUCAACUACGAACAGUUCUACCACGCAGAGCUGACUAAGAAGCACAACGACAAGUCCUACCGCUACUUCAACAACAUCAACCGUCUCGCCCGCGAGUUCCCCAAGGCCCACACCCACUCCGAGACCGACCGCGUCACCGUCUGGUGCUCAAACGACUAUCUCGGCAUGUCGAAAAACAAGCAUGUCCUCAAGACCAUGCACGACACCCUCGACAAGUACGGUGCCGGCGCCGGUGGCACCCGCAACAUCGCCGGCCACAACAAGUCCGCGCUCGAGCUCGAAGCCUCCCUCGCCGACCUCCACUCAAAAGAGGCCGCCCUCGUCUUUUCCUCAUGCUACGUCGCCAACGACGCCACCCUUUCCACCCUCGGCUCGAAAUUGCCAAACUGUGUUAUUCUCUCCGACCAGCUCAACCACGCUUCCAUGAUCCAGGGUAUCCGUCACUCCAACGCCCGCAAAAUCGUCUUCAAGCACAACAACCUUGAGGAUCUUGAAAACAAGCUCAAGAGCCUUCCUCUUGACGUUCCCAAGAUUAUCGCUUUCGAGUCUGUCUACUCCAUGUGUGGCUCGGUCGCUCCUAUCAAGGAGAUCUGCGACCUUGCUGAAAAGUACGGUGCCAUCACCUUCCUCGACGAGGUCCACGCGGUUGGCAUGUACGGCCCCAACGGUGCCGGUGUCGCCGAGCACCUCGACUUUGAUGCCCACGCCCAGGGCCGUCCCGACGAGACUGUCAUGUCCCGUGUUGAUAUCAUCACCGGAACCCUUGGAAAGGCCUACGGCGCCGUCGGUGGCUACAUCGCCGGCUCUGCCUACUUUGUUGACAUGAUCCGCUCGCUCGCCCCUGGCUUCAUCUUCACUACCUCUCUCCCUCCUGCCAUCAUGGCCGGUGCUCGCACUGCCAUCGAGUACCAGAAGAAGACCCUCACCGACCGUGUUGCUCAGCAGACCAACACCCGCUACGUCAAGUCGAGACUCGCCGAGCUCGGCAUCCCCGUUGUUCCCAACCCUUCGCAUAUCGUCCCCAUCCUUGUCGGUGAUGCUGAGACUGCCAAGAUUGCCUCUGACAUGCUUCUCGAGCGUUUCGACAUCUACGUCCAGGCCAUCAACUACCCGACCGUCCCUGUUGGUGAGGAGCGUCUUCGCGUGACUCCUACUCCCGGCCACGGCCCCGAGCUUGCUGAGAACCUUGUCAGCGCUCUCGAGACUGUCUGGAAGGAGCUCAACUGCAAGCGCGUCGCUGACUGGGAGGCCGUCGGUGGCCUUGCUGGUGUUGGUGUCAAGGACGCUAAGCCGGUCCAGCCUAUCUGGACUGAUGCGCAGCUUGGCCUUGCCUCGUCUCCCUCUGAGAUUGAGGCACCCAACUCCAGCAUUCUGCUCGAGGAGUCUGAGAAAGUCGCCGCUGUCAGCGUUUCCGCCUAAGUGUUGAACGAUCAUUUUGUUUUGAUUUUUGCUUAAUUUUUUUCUUUCUUUUGCUAUUUUGGAAUGAGGAGGUCUUUCGUUGAUGAUGUUGCAAGUAAAAGUGGUUAUUUGUGCUGCGCUUUUGUAUGAUUACAAUUGUUUAGUGCUGAAUAAUGUGGAGAUGAGAACCGGUGUCUGAAUGAACAUAACAAUUUCGUUUCAUUAGUUA